UCGAAGCGAUGGGUAAGUGCGUGUGUACAUGCCCGUAAAGGCUGCAAGUAAGAGGCAAGAAAAGGCGAGGGUAAUGUUGAACAUCGAUGGAGCUCAUGUAAUUUGGUCAACAAGUAUUAAGGGAUUAAGUGAUGAAAUGUUUGACGUUUACCGGCUGCACGGAGUCGAUAUGUGUUGAUGUGCCAUGGCUCCGCGAUGGUUUCACCUCUGUGCGCUGGUGUUCUGUCCUCCUCACGGUAUCCGGAUGGGAAAUCUCUGCAGAAAAGUGGCACACUGGCCUCGAAAUUAAUUCCAGAAUUCUCCAACAUCGGCAAAGUAUUAUAAAGAUAUGGAUAAACACUGCAGAGUGAAGGAUGAAGCCACGUCAAAGGCAGCAAAGCGCAAGGAAAACAAACAGAAACAUGGACGGCUUUUUCGAAAGAAAUCAUUGAAGUCGGUGGGGAGUUUUGUAAAUAAAAUUAUCAAAACUUUGGGCACUUUUACCCACUUUGGAGACGUUGCAGUUCAGGGCGCAGAGGAUGACGAUGGAGGGUUUCGUGACGGGACACCUUGCACACUCAGUGCCAACUCAGAAAAUAUCAAAGAGGAUGUCCAGGUCGCCGGGGAUGAUUCUGUUAAAAAUAAUUCGAUAGCUUCUUCCCGUUGCUCGGUGAAAGAGGGGGUUUUAUGGUGCUAUGGUGGCAAAAUUCCAGGUGUUCUAGGCUUGAAAAAUCACGGGAACACCUGUUUCAUGAACGCCGUGGUCCAGUGUUUGAGCAACACUGACCUGCUCGCAGAGUAUCUCGGGUUGGAGCGGUACAAAUUGGAUUUGAGUCGAAGGAGAAUUAAUGGGAUUGUUAAAAGUGAAGACUCGCAGCACGCCAGAGGUGAAGUCACUGAGCAGUUGGCAUCACUUGUUAGGGCACUCUGGACUCUGGAAUACAUCCCUCAACUGUCCGUGGAAUUCAAGAGUAUAGUAUCCAAGUAUGGAUCCCAAUUCCGAGGAAACUCACAACAUGACGCCCUGGAGUUCCUGCUUUGGCUUCUGGACCGAGUUCACGAAGAUGUCAACUUGUCCUUCUGCAGCAACAACAACAAGAAGACCAAAGCCCCAGGGAAGGGCCCUGGUAUAUCAGAGGAGGCGAUGGUCACUGAGCCUCCCCACUCGCAGCAGCCCGGGGCAUGCCACAGCUUUAUACAGGAACACUUCCAGGCACAAUACAAGUCAUCGCUGACCUGCCCUCAUUGUCAUAAACAGAGCAACACCUUUGACCCUUUCCUCUGCAUUUCACUUCCCAUCCCUCUGCGCCACACCAGGUCUUUGUGUGUUACUCUGGUCUUCAGUACGAAGGGCCAGAGAUACCUGCGCAUUGGGCUGGCUGUGCCUCUCUUUGGUUCGCUGGCCUUUCUUAGAAGGAUGUUGGCGGAUGAGGGGAAGAUCUCCCCAGACCAGGUGAUCCUGACAGAGAUCUACACCACAGGCUUUCAGCGCUCCUUCUUUGAUGAGGAGGAUCUGACGUGCAUAGCCGAGACUGACAUCAUCUAUGCCUUCCAGGCCCCGCCCCUAUACAUCAGAGGAGGCUCUGCACUACUCUCAGGGUACCACCACAGCCUGCCGUCGUCACCAUACUCCUCCGGGCCCGAAGGUCAAAGGUUACCUCCAUCCGGAACUUUGUCAUCAGAGUUCCUGAACCAUGGUGUACCGGUGAAGAUCCUGUUGCUGGUGUGCAACGCCGCCUGGAAUGCUCAGCAGGCUGUCAGGUUUGGACCGCCGUUCCUGAUGAGGGAGGACCGCUCCACCUCCUGGGACCAGCUGCAGCAGAGCAUCCUCAGCAAGCUCUACUACCUGAUGAUCAACGGAGCACAGGCCCAGAAUGCCAGAGUGCUGUUUAAGAUCCGUGUGGUGGGAGGAUCAGCGUCCUACAACUACCUCUCCCCCCAGGAUGGACGGCCACUCUACCACCCAGCAGUGAACAGAGCUCUUAAUCUCUGUGGCUCAGGCGGACCACCCCAUGUGAAGCUCAUCAUCGAGUGGGAACACAGAAUCAAAGACUGCCUGUUUGGGAACAUCCAGGAGGAGGUGGUGAAGGAUGCUGAGAGUGUGAGAGGCCAGCAUCAGCAGCACGUCCAGCAGCACAGUUGUACCCUGGACGAGUGCUUUCAGCUCUACACUAAAGAGGAACAGCUGGCCCCAGACGAUGCAUGGAAAUGUCCCCACUGUAAGCAGCUGCAGCAGGGCAUGGUGAAGAUGAGCCUGUGGACGCUGCCUGACAUCCUCAUCCUCCACCUUAAGCGCUUCCGGCAGGUGGGCGAGCGCCGCAACAAGCUGGCCACGCUGGUGCACUUCCCCCUGGACGGCCUAGACAUGGCGCCCCAUGUGGUGAAGAGGAGUCAGAGCACCCGGCUGCCCCCCCACUGUCCUCUGCCCCCCCACGGUGCUCUGCUCCCUAGCCCCCUGCACCCGGCCUGGAAACAGCCCUGCCCACCCGACGUGGUCCCUCCAGACUUCCUAUAUGACCUCUAUGCCGUGUGUAACCAUCACGGAGGCAUGCACGGGGGACAUUACACAGCGUUCUGCAGGAACUCAUUGGACGCCCAGUGGUAUGGGUAUGAUGACAGCAGUGCAGAGCCAGUCACAGAGGGGGAGGUGUGCACACGGGGAGCUUACAUCCUCUUCUACCAGAGACGCAACACCAUCCCUCCAUGGUCAGCCUGCUCCUCUCUCAGAGGCUCCACCAGCUCCUCCACGUCAGACCACUGGCUGAUCCGCCUGACGCGGGACAGUAAGAGGGGCAGCCUGUACUCUGGGGGGUCCACCUCUGGCCCUCCUGGCCCCACACCAACCCCCGAAUCCCCAGAGCUCCCUGUGUUCGAGGACAAGCCUCUCAAAACAGAGACAGAUGGGUUUGAGAAUAAGCCAUUUGUCCGAGGCACUCAGGGCAGGAGCGUGAGCAUGAGGUCACCCACUAAGACCAAGGAAACCCUGAGCAAAGUGCUGCCCCUGCGCUGGUCCUUUGGUUCCAAGGACCGCCCCAAACCCUCCGCCCCCAGGCGAGGGGAGCUGGUGGAGUACCUGGAGUCAGGGCGCAGGCCGCGGUGCACCAAGGACCCCAUCAUCACCCUAGUGGCCACCCCGCCCCAGGGUGGGCACAGGGACCUGGGCAGCUCCCACAGUGUCAGCAGCCUGAGCUGCAUGGACAGGUCCAACUCUGAGGCCUGCGACUCCCCAAGAGUACCAGAGGGCCAAAGCAGGCCUGCCAUAGAGAGGCGCUCCAGCCUGGGGCUCAGUAUUACCACUAAAGCCAGGGAUGACAGCUCUCUUGGCCGGAGGUCCUCCAAGAGGUUCAGGCAGGACCAGGGCAGGAUCCUGGACCCUCACCCCCAUAGAGGCUCUACUGAUGGGGUCCACAUCAGCCACAGUGCCCCCCCAAGUAGGGACUCCACACUGAAGAGGCCCAAGGCCCAGGCAGGGCUGACCUCCAGGGUAGGGGUGCUGCAGGCUGGUCUACAGCCUGUGGAGAGGAAGGGGAUGAGGGGUCAGGAGGUAAGGAGCCACGACAGCUUCUUGUCCUUUUUCAAAUCAGGCUUCCUGAAGAAAGACACUCAGAGGACACCUAGCAAGGGGGAGGUGGUCCGGGCCAAUGGCCACGGACGAACCAGCAAGGUGGCAAACGGUAGUUUGUCUGAACUCUCCCUCUCCAAUGGGACCCUGAACGGUGUAGCGCUGGAGGAAAAGAGGGCCAACGGCGCCCCUAGAUGUGACUGCCGUCACAGCAAAGGGCAGCAUGUCAACGGGAGGGCAGGGAGUCACAGCUCUGCUGCUGACAUCAAGCGUGCCCACAGCUCCAGUAACAUCCAGACCAAACUGGACUUGACCCUGCGCAGGUGUGCCUCUCUGCAGAGGAACGGGCAGGUAGCUCCCCCGGCCCCCCGCAGCAGCCUGGCCACAGACAAGCCCAGCUAUGCCACCCUGCAGCGGGCACGCUACAGCACCACCUCCCUGGGCAGGCAGCAGAGACCCGUCCCCGAGUCCUGCUUCUGACUCCCUCCGCACCGCUAGGCUAACUGGCUGCUGCCACAGCAGUAGAGUUAUCUGGCGUGUGUGUCUCUUUAUUUAGAGUUUGUGCCAAUGCUACUGUCAGGGUUAGCAUGUUAGUGUGAGCUGAGCAGUCUGGCCACCACUGCCAGAGCAGAGGAAUAGUCACGGUGUUACUAUAAGACAGGUUCUUAGGGGAGGCUUUGCCAACAGUAAAGAAGUGCGUAACAGUUAACUGUCUGUCAUAGUCUUCUGUUUAAUGUAAGUGCCUCUGUGACAGUUCAGAAUGAUUGUUUGUUGAACACUGCAACCACGCUAUUGAUUGACACACAUCACAUCCAGACGGUCACCAGGUCUCUGUAGUAUAGUCACCAGAGCUGCUGUUUCUGAAGGGCAUCAUGUACCCUCUGUUAACACUGAUGUUUAUUGACGUAUUGUCUUUGUGUGUACAUGAAUCUAUGCAGACUGUGUACAAUGGAGAGGUACAACUGCUGUAUUGUGAUCAUAUUUAUUCCACAAACAUGUCAAGCAUCUUUCUUGGUUGUAUGCUGUCCUUGAUUUUCUAUUGAUGUAGCCAUGGAGGAAUAUCCUGCACAAAAAUAUUAAAUUAAAUGUUUGUCUGUCUGUGCUUCCACUGCAAA